GUUACCAGCAAUCAUAAGCCAACCAUCCCUUGCUCACUGCCUGGUUGUCUCCCCCCCGUCCUCCCUUAGAUUCAAAUUCCAUGAGCCUUCUUUUGUCCUGACCCUCCCCAAAAGAGCACAAAGAACAAGCCACAAGACAUAGGGGGAGGAAUCUUUUUGAGGCAUAGGGACAGAACAGAUAGAUCUCUUCUCUUCUGUCACGUUUUGACCAAGACCAGAUCACCACCAUCUCUAGCACUGAGCAGCUAUAUAAGCAGGAGGGCUUUGACAAUAGCACAAAGCAGAGACAUGCAGGUACCCACCAUAGUCAUUUGGCUAUUCAGGGUAUCACAAGAGCAAGCAAAAGGGAAUUCUUGCAGCUCAACGGAUAGUAAGAAUACCGCCUCGGAUCAAGAAACUAGUAAAGGGAAAAGUAUAGUUCUGUUCAAGAAGUCCCGAAGAGGAAAGGAGAAGGCCAAACCGGGCCACCCAAGAUGCGCUUCAUUCGCCAUAUUAUGCAGAAAAGAUGUUGCUAAGGCUUGCUUCUACAGCACCAUCAACUUGAGGAGACUCAGCAGCUUACACCGGAGACAAAACUCGAUCCACACAAAAAGAAUGAAAAAAGAAGAUGUCGCAAGAGGGCUUGGCAUUAUCGGCCAAAAGGCAGAUUCUGGAGCUGCUCAUGGUGGGAACAAGGUUCUGCCAAUCAGUGACACGGCAUUAACCUCUUCAGCAACCAGCGCAAAUGACCAAUCCAGCGCUUCUGAGAAGAAGGAGAAGGUUAAGGGCGAUAAGGCGAAGGUCAUCUCGAGAAUGAAGGAGCUCAUUAGAUGGGCCGCAGCUUCGAAAGCCGAGAAGGGUGGAAAGUUCAUCAGCCGAAAAGUAUUACAGUUCCGACAACGAGGAGCCCUAAAGGCGAUACCAGACGACGACCAAUUCAGCAACGAAUCUCCAAAGAUCAGUUUCAGGUGGGACGUGGAAAGCUGCUCUACCAUUUCCACAUCUUACUCGGCCAUUUCUCUGGCUUCGGCGAGGAUCGAUCCAAUCGCUAGCCGAUUAUCAGCGGAUUCACUUCCGCCGCAGAUGACAGAUCAGUGCCUUCGAAGAAAAGGGAACUGGAUCACCACAGACUCAGAGUUUGUGGUGCUGGAGCUGUGAAAUGCCAGGACGAGAAGAGGCUCCAUCUGUUCGGGGCGCAAUCGACUUGCUUCCGAUGCGAAAACGGAACUUCUGCUUGUCGCUGGUCGUGCUGAAAUCUUCGAGCCUGUUCGUUUCUCGAAUGGAAAGAUCGGAAAAGUGAAUGUAACCUGCGUAAAUUACUUCUUUUUGUAAUGGAUCGAUCAAGUAGGUUUCGGAUCAGUGUGUACAUAAAGACGAUUCAAAUUGCCAUAAGCUAAUGUAGUCACUGUAAGAUCCAACGAUCUAGGACAUCUUCAUCAGGACAGCUUCAAUCUGAAUUCUGGGCAAAA